AUGAGUGCGUACGGAGGCUUAGGACCCAUGGCCAAUGGAGUCCUUUGGAUGGUGGUCGUCAUAUUUGCUGUUUUUGUAGGGCUAAGGCUCUAUACACGACAACAGAUCUUGAAUGCCGUCGGCGUUGAUGACUAUCUAUGCUGCAUUGCACUGGCUCUCCAUAUUGUUUACACUGUCUUCGUCACCGUUGCGAGCCACUAUGAUCUAGGACGCCCGAGCACCGAGGUCGGUGAUCCGGUCAUAUAUGUCAAAGCCGUCAAGUAUGAAUUGUUCAGUCAGGUGGCGGGAAUCAUGGUUAUCGGCGUGGGUAAAUUGGCUGUUGGCGUGUUUCUUCUUCGAAUCGUGCGGAAUCGGAUCCAGAUUUGGUUUAUCUGGGGUUGCCUCAUCACCACUGUUAUUAUCACGUUGUUCGCCAGCAUUUCUGUUGUCGUGCAGUGUGUGCCAGUUGAGAAAAUUUGGAACCCAACUGUGGAAGGAAAUUGCUGGCUUGAUUUCUCUAAAAUUGGCUACACUGUCGGGUGUGAGUGCUGCGCGUUCGUCGCCGCCGACUUCUCCUUCGCGAUUCUCCCGUGGUUCGUUAUCUGGGACCUCAACAUGAAGCAUAAGGAGAAGAUCACUAUUGCUUGUGGUCUCAGCCUUGGAGUAUUCGCCGGUAUAUGCGGCAUCAUUCGCACCGUAGCCCUGUCAGGUCUGAGUGCAUCUGAGUACAUCUAUGAUACCGUGCCAAUGCUCAUCUGGUCUGCUACCGAGAGCUGCAUUCCCAUCUUGCGCCCUCUCUACAUCCAAAUCAGGUACGGGGAGAAUGGCAAGAGCAGCUCCUCUGGCAACACAUCCUACAAAUUGUCCAUGUAUGGCAGUGGCCGAAAAUACGGCAGACUUUCGAAAUCUGGUCAUGAGCCAUCUGGAGUCGAGGCAACUAAUGUUUCUUACCCAAGAAGCAUCAUGGACCUCGGGGCUAUCAAUAAAAGCAAUGAGGAUAUUCUUCGGCGCGCCGCAGGCAUUAAGAGGACAGACGAAGUAUCGGUCAGUUAUGAGCGAAAUGUGUAG